CUAAAAAUCUCGUCCGUCGUCGUCGUCGUCGUCGUUCCACUGCAUCGAAAGAAGACAAGACAGACAGAUUGACGAGAAGAUGGAAACUUUUUGCUCCGUGCGUAUUUUGAGCUGCGUUUGAAGUGAAUUUUCCACGCCAAAUCAUCGUUUCCGCCGCGGAAAUUCUAGCGUAAAAGUGUUUGUUCCGACGAGUGAGCGCGCCCGACAUGGUGAAGAAAAAGUGCAGUGACAUCCGGGACAAUGGUUCCUCGACGGAAUCGAACGACGAUGCGCGGUUACCUUCCCACCAGGGGGGCUCCGGGGAGAAAUGCACCCACGUCAAGAAGGCGAUCGAUCCACCGGCGGUCAAAAAGAAGCUUAAACAGGACGGACUGAAGAAGCAGUGCCCGAAAUGCGUGGAGAACAAAUCAUUGCCCCAACCGGAACUGGCGGCGGCUGGCGAAGGAUUCGAGCUGGAGGAGGAUAUUCAGUUUUCGCUGAGCCUGUGGUUGUGUCUGCAGUGCGGAACGCAGCUGUGCGGGCGCUAUCUGAAAUCGCAUGCGCUGGAGCAUUACAAGGUUCCCCGCUCCGAACCGCACGUGAUAGCGAUGAAUACGAUGGAGUUCCAGAUUUGGUGCUAUCAAUGCGACACCGAAGUGAAUCCAAAGUCGGUGCCCAAGCUGCUCGAUUGUUACGAGUUUGUGAAGCGCGAAGCGGAGAAACAAGUGCGCGCAGAUCCGCCGCAAAUUGUCGACAUUGAGCGGAAAAUACAGGCCGGGGCCAACGACCUCCGUGCCGUUAUGGGAAAUGCGAUACCCACGCCGGUUGCAUCCGGUUCGUCCAUCACCAGCAGUACGAUGGGAUUGGCGAGCACCCAAAAUAGGCUGAACAGCACCGUGAAUUCCUCUACAUCUUCAAUGACCACCCCGAUCUAUCGGGAUUUGCGGUUGGACCUUGCGCGGAAUCCUGCCUCGGCCAUCAUCGAUGGGUUGCCUCGGGUGCGAGGUCUCUCCAACCUGGGCAACACCUGCUUCUACAAUGCGGUGCUGCAGUGUCUCGCCCGGACUCCGUUCCUUCUGGACGUCCUGAGGGAAUCCGCCAACAACGGUGAGAAGUUUCAGCUGCCCGGAGGACUACUUAAGCUAACGGAUGGCACCGAAACGGAACUGAUGCCAAUCAGUGGCGAGCUAAAUGCCUGGGGCAAUCUGACAGAAUCGCUGGCCGCGACGCUGAACGAACUGCAAUCCGGCGGAGGGGUUUUCACGCCCAGUAGGCUACUGAAACAGCUGACCGCCAAAUGGCCUCAGUUUGCCGGCGCCGAGCAGCACGAUUCGCACGAACUGUUGCGCCAUCUGCUGGAGAGUGUGCGAUCCGAGGAUUUGAGACGAUACCAACUUAUAAUCCUACACUCGCUAGGUUACACAAAGAGUGUAGAUCCGAAGACAGUCGACAAUGUUAUGAAGGAGAAAAUCAAAUUUUACGGUAUGCAGGCAAGCGAUCGAAUCCUCGUUCCGGAGCCGGUGUUCCGUGGCCGUCUGGUGUCGACCCUGAACUGUCAGGACUGCGACCACUUGUCCUCUCGGCACGAAUGUUUUCUGGAUUUGUCGCUGCCAGUCAGUGCCGAAAAACCGCAGCCUCCCAUCCGGCGAAAAGGAAGCCCCGAACCGGAUUUCGGCUACGGAGCCAGUUCGUCAUCAUCGGUGGCGACCGCCAAACCCAUGAGCACCAAGGAACGACGACGGGUCAAGAAAGCCAAUCGUGCCGCCGCUAAGAAGGACAAGAACCUGUUGAAUUUGAACGCUACGGCGGGAGUUGGUGCCACGGCAGCGACGGUUGUUCCUGAUAACGGAACCGAUUCGGGUGCCGGAGGAGCAGGUGAUUCCGCUGCCGACGACGAUGACGGAAUGUCCGAUGCGGAUGUUGAGGACAACCUGACGGAUGAUUCGCAGCCGAGAAAACUCGGAGCAGUGGACCAGAAUGGCAAUCAGCAAACGGCCGUGGGACCGGAAAAGGCGGAUGACACACCGGAGAACCCGAACAAGGAGGGCGUAGGGGAUGGGGAUGGGAAUGUGGUCUGCGAGCUGGGACUCAGUGCGAAAGGAUUGGCCAGCAUGGUGGAGAAGAUGUCUCUGAACUCGAGCGGAGAUCAGCAGCUAGAGGAGGCGGAUGCCAAAAAGACAAAACCCCGGCGUCAGAGGACCUACAGCCAUGCCGAUUGGGGAAGCACGUUGGCUCCUCGGUACCAAUGCGAAGAGAACGAGUGUUCCAUACAAUCCUGCUUGAAUGCGUUUACGCAAGCGGAGCUAAUGACCGGUAGCAACAAGGUCUGCUGCGACGCCUGCACGGAACGAAUCAACGGAAAGGACGGCAAGUCGGUCAACACGAAUGCAACGAAACAGUUCCUGAUUUCUUCCCCGCCAGCUGUCCUCAUUCUCCAUCUCAAGCGCUUCCAGGUCGGACCCCGCGGAAUGCUACGGAAAAUUACCAAACCCGUCACGUUCCCCUUCGUACUGGACAUUGCCCCGUUCUGCGGUUCCAAGGUCAAAACGUUGCCCAACGUCAAGCACGGCCAGAAGAAACUGCUCUAUUCACUCUACGGAAUAGUGGAACACUCCGGAACCAUGCACGGUGGACACUACGUAGCCUAUGUCAAAGUCCGUCCGCAGCUGGCGAGAGACGAUCCCCGGUGGCAGUUUCUCCCGAAGGGAUCCAAAGCCGAACUGGACCAGAAAGACGAGGAAGCCAUUCAACACGAGAAGGAACUGGCCAAAGAGCAAGCGCGUAACCUGGCCGCGGCCGCCCGGGACAGUGACGAUGCGCACAGUUCUUCGAGUAGUGUCACGUCCAGCAGCACCGGAACGACCACCUCCGACGGCGACGAGGAAGGCGCCGUGGGAUACACACCGAGGCCGGAAAUCCUGCCGGACGUGGACCCCCCGCCGGGCAAGUGGUACUACGUGUCCGAUAGCCACGUCCGCGAGACGACCGAAGACCAAGUGCUGAAAGCGUCCGCCUAUCUGCUGUUCUACGAGCGGAUCUUCUAGAGAGGGACUAGGUGGAAUGCAAGGGUGGUAGUUGGGCGCCACGUUGUACGUCGGAACGCCGCAAGGUCAGUGACGGAGGGAUGAAGCGUUGUGAGGGCGUGUAGGUUUGCAGUGUGCAGUCGGUUCAUCAAGUUGGUGUUUUUGUCUAUAGUGUGAAUAAAAGCUUUCUCCAUUAUUUUGGUCCAGGCGACCAAACAUAAUGUUUGGAAGUUUAAAGAAAAUUGUUUGAGGACUAGCUUAUAAUAUUCGUAACUAAGUUCCCGGGGAAGUCUUUUCCGGAUAGAAUAUUUGGAGAAACUAUAGGGGAGUGACAACAUGGGUCUGGGUCAUAAAUCCACACUAUUUACACUAAGGAAUCCCCGAAUGAUUUCAGGAAGGAACUUCAGAAGGAAUCCUAGGAGGAGCCUGAAAGAAACUCCUGAAGGAAUCCAUGAAAAAAAAAUCUAUACUAAUGUCUGCAGGAACUGCUGUAUGAAUCCCUGAAGAAACUUCUGCAGGAAUUUCUUAGAGAUCCCUGAUAGAAGUUUUCGAAGAAUUUCAGUAGAAAAUUCAGGAUUCCUCAAAUGAAAUCAAGCAGCAAUCCCAAGGGAAUUACAGCGCGAAUUUCUAAAGAAAUUCAAAAAGAAUUUUCAGGAGAAAUCAACGAAAAGUAUUGAGAAGAAAUCUCUUAAGGAAUUCCAGGAGAAAUCCCUGAGAGAAUACUAGGAGGAAUUCCCGAAAAAAAUCCAUAAGGAAUCCUCGUAGGAAUUCCAAGAGGAAACCCUGCAGGGAUUCUAGAAGGAUUGCCAAAGGAAUUCUAGGUGGAAUCUCCGAAGAAAUUUGAAGAGAAAUCAUCGAAGAAAUUUCAUGAGGAAAUCCCGGAGGAAUUCAGGAGGAAUCCCCGACGGAAUAUCAGGAGGAAUCCCCGAAGAAAUUUCAGGAGGAAUCCUCGAAGGAAGUUCAGGAGGAAUCCCCGAAGAAAUUCUACAAGGAAUUGAAGGAGGAAUUUUCGAAUUGAUUUCAGAAGGAAUCUUUAAAGGAAUUUCAGUAGGAAUUCCCGAAGGAAGUCUAACACAAAUUCCAGCAGGAAUACCUGACAGAAUUCCUGAAAAAUAAUCGUGAAGGAUUACCAGGAGAAAUCGCCGAAGAAAUAACAGGAGAAAUCCCUGCAUGAAUCCCAGGGGUUCCUGAAAGAACUCUGGGAGGAAUCUCCGAAGGAUUUCCAUGCGGAAUACUCGAAGGAUUUUUAAGAGGAAUUCCAGGAGAAAUCUCCGAAGGAAUUCAAAGAGAAAUCCCCAAACGAAUUCCUGGAGGAAUCCCCGAAGAAAUUCUUGGUGAAAUCACUGAAUCAAUUCCAGAAGGAAACCCCAAAGGACUCCUGAAGGAAUUCCAUGAGGAAUCCUUGAAGCAAAUCCAGGAGGAAUCUCCGAAGGAAUUAUAAGAGAAAUCAUCAAAGACCUUCCAGGAGAAAUCCCUGCAUGAAUCCCAGGGGGAACCCCUGAAAGAAUUCUGGGAGGAAUAUCCGAAGGAUUUCCAAGCGGAUCCAAGGAUUUUUAAAAGGAAUUCCCAUAGGAAGGCCAGGAAAAAUCUCCGAAGGAAUUCUGGGAGAAAUCACUGAAACAAUUCCAGAAGGAACCCCCAAAGGAAUUCCAGAAAGACUCCUAAAGGAAAUCCAUGAGGAAUCUCCGAAGGAAUUAUAAGAGAAAUCAUCAAAGAAAUUCCAGGAGGAAACCCCGAAGAAAUUUCAAGCGAAAUCCACGUUAGAUUAUCAGGAGAAAGCCCCGAAAGAAUUUCAGGAAGAAUCCAUGAAGGAUGUCCAGGAGAAAUACCCAAAGGAAAUCCAGGAGACAUUCCAAAAUGAAUUAUAGGAGGAAUCUCCAAAGGAAGUGCAAGAGGAAUCCCUAAAUGAACCAGGAGGAAUUCUGAGAGGAAUCACCAAAGAAAUUCGACAGAAUAUUAGAAGGGAUCCCAAAAAGAAUUUCAGGAGGAAUCCUCGAAAGAAAGUCUGGGAGGAAACCCCGAAAGAAAAUUUAGGAAGAAUCUUCGGAGGAAUUCCAAUAGAAAUCCACGGAAGAAUUCCAGAAAAAAACCAGGAUGAAUCCUCGAAGGAAGUCCAAGGGAACCCCUGAAGAAAGUCUAGGAGGAAUCGCCGAAGAAAUUACAGGAGCAAUCCCGGCAGGGAUUCCAGGGGAAUUCCGGUAGGAAUAUCCAAAGAAUUCAAAUAAUUUCCAGGCGGAAUCAUCGAGAAUUUUCAGCGGAUCUUGCCGGGUAGGGGGAAGGAUUUCCUGGAAGAAAUCCAGAAUUAAAUCCUUAAGGAAUUCUUGUAGAAACUCCAUGAAAGAUCCAUCAAGAAUAUCCAAGACAUAAAUAUGCCUGAUUAUAAUCCCAAGGGAAUUAGUGAUGGAACUCCUAGAAGAUUUCCUGAAGGAAUUCCUGAAUGAGCUUCUGAAGAAAUCUCUGAUGUAACUCCUGGAGGCAUCCGUGAGCCUUUCUGAAAAAAAAAUCUCAAUCUAUAAUCUGACAGGACCCCAGGAGCGAUCCCUGAAAGAACUUGUGGAAGAAUUCCUAAAGGAAUUUCUUAAGCAAUCCUCACAGGAUACUCUUCACAAAAUCUUAGAAAGAACUCUAAUAGGAAUCCCUGAAUAAACUUCUGAGGUAAUCCCUGAAUUCUCCUGGAGGUAUCGUUGGAUCUUCGUAUAUGAUUCUCUGUAGAAACUUCUGUAGAGAUUUCUAGAGGAACUUAUGUAGGAAGCCCUGAAGAAAUUCAGGAGGAAUCUCUGAAGCGACAUCUGCAAUAAUCCCUGAAACUCCUGGAGGAAUCUCUGAUAGAACUCAUGAAAAGAACUCCUGUAGGAAUUUCUAAUGGUACUUCAGAAGGAAUCCCUGCGCAGGAACUCCCAGACUAGUUUCUAAAGACCUCCUGCAGGAAUUCCUGGAGAAACUUCUCACGGGAUUCUUGAUGGAUCUCCAGGUGGCAUUUAUGAAUCCUCCUGAAAGAACUUCUGAAAGGGACUUCUGGAAGGAUACCUGAACGAACACCCGUUGAAAUAGCUUAGGGAACUUCUGGAAGGAAUUCCUAAUGAACACAUGCAUGGAGGCAUCCAUGAAUCCUCCUGAAGCUUUCAGGGAGAUCCCUGAACGAAUUCCUGGAGAGAUCACCGACGGAACUUCUGGAGCAAUCCCUGCAAGAACUCCUGAAAUAAUAUCUGAAUACAUAAGUGACCCGAUUUUGUCAGCCCCUUUUCGGAACACAGUUUUUGCUCUCUUCAAAAUCUUAAACAGUUUUUCAAAGUUUUUAUUCCUCUAUGUUCUGCAUCUCAGCUGUAGUUUGAUGACAAAUAUUAAUAAAUUGCUUAAAAUUUGAUCGUAGAAUAAUGAGAGCAAAAAGUUCGUCGCAACAUGGGGCUGACAAAAUCGGGUCCUUACUGUAUUAUUCUUGAGGCAUCCCGAAGUAAUUCCAAGAGGAAUCCCCGAAGGAGUUUCAGGAGAGAUUCUUGAACAAAUUCCAGAAAAUUCUGAUCUGACUCUUUGACUACCUAGUUCCUAAAGAAACUCCUGUAGGAAUUCUUGAAGGAACUCUCAAACUAAUCUCUAAAGGACCCCCUUUGAGAAUCCCUGAAGGAUCUUCUGGAUGAAUCACUGAUGUAUAUCUAAGGCAUCCCUGAAUUCUCCUGAACUUUCGAUAACGAUAAUGGAACUUCUUGGUAACUGCGAUUGGCAAAAAACACCUUCAAAUGAGAUGAUGUCGUGUCGAGCUGGCUUAAUCCCAUUUGACAUGAAGCCAUUUGGCAUAACAUUUAUUUGGCAUAAAACGAAAGAAUGUGUAUAAUCCUUGUUAUGCCAAAUGGGCGUUUUGCCAAAUUACGUUUAUGCCAAAUGGGGUAGACUAUUUGACAACUGAACACUUUCAAGGUCCGGUUAUUUGACAGCAUUGCACGACCUACUUAGAGCCCUCAAUAAGGUUCCGAGUACUUACAGGGUCAAACAUUUGACAAGGAAUGAAUUCAAGAGUAGACAUCUGUUUGACAGUACUGAAAAUUCGAUCGAGUCAAACCGGAUGUUUGAGCAUUGCUUUGUAUUUGGUCAAAUAUUUGACCCUGUGCGUACUAGCAUCUUAAGAAACGCGAGAUCCUUUCGUUCCACACAAUCACACGAACCUGUCGGGAGUUUCAUGCCUAUCUACCUACAUUACCUUGGUGCAUUUACGACGAGCGGGUGAACUCCGAUACUCCCCAAAUAUGUAAGACCCAUAUUGCAAUUUGUUGUUACUGUCGCAGUGGUCGCAGUGAAUGAUUUUCGUCGAAAAAAUCAAAAAUCUGUUUUAUUUAUUGAAAGCUAGCUGUAAUCAUCACAUCAGCACUGCGAAAUUAUGAAAAAAGAAAAUCGCGAAACUAUCCUCUAAAGUUUGUUGGUUGAUAUAUUUAAAUUUAGGUAAAAGUUUGCGAAAGUGCAAGCCGAUCCUAGCUGUAUCCUGCUUCCUAAACCAGAACUCUCAGAAGAAAGAGCGAUAUUGAUCGUUUAAUCGUGGUUCUUGAGUCACAAUUACUACACUGUUCCAGGUAAUGUUUGAACAUCCUUAAAUUCGUUGUCAAAAACCAUCAUUAACCAUCUAUCGCUCCAUAUGUGAAAGCUGUACUAAAGAGAAAGAAGGGUUAUAUUACCAUAAGUGUAGAUUAAAAAAGAGAUAAAAAGUACGGCAGAAUACGGCUACAGAUAAUUACCGGGAGAGAUUCUUACUCGAGGGUUUGGAAAUGAUUAAAGAGAUUGACUGCUUUCACCGAUAGCGAAUCUUAUACACUAACACUUAUCCCCUGUCUACCUACUUCAAUGAACGUAAACCGUACCGAAUAAUUUAAAACUACGCAAUUUACUCUGCAUUAACAAAAUAAAAACAAAACUCUUAAAAAAACAGAAACGAAUCGAAACCGCUAGAUGAAGGAUACAAUAAUAUAUAUAAAUGACUAUGAUGGAAUCAAUUUUCAUAAGAGCAAACCUUUAUGCCUAGCGCGCCUCAGAAUAAUGAUAUAAAACAUACAUGAACGAUUAAACAGCUAAUUAGGUAUAUAGCUGAGCUAGUUUGCGCCGGCAUUCAGGAUGUUUUUUUUUUAUUUGUCUCAAAAUAUAGAUUAUUGCUGCAGAA